AUGGCUCAUCAUGAGCUCAAUCAUCACGCAGUGACAAUCAUAGAGCGUUGUCAAGUGUCUCCCCCACCAGCCUCACUUCCCGUAACAACUCUUCCCCUCACUUUCUUUGAUAUUCCUUGGUUUUACUGCUACCACCACCCUGUUCAACGCAUCUUCUUCUACGAGUUUCCAUAUCCAACCCAUCACUUCCUCAAAACAGCACUUCCCAAUCUCAAACACUCUCUUUCCCUCACUCUCCAACACUUCUUCCCCUUCGCCUCCAAUCUCAUUGUCCCUCCACACCCACACGUGCCUUACAUCCGCUACCAAGACGGUGACUCUCUCUUCUUCACCGUCGCAGAGUCCACCGCAGACUUCACCCUUCUCGUAUCUGAUUCACCACAAGACGUUCGAGAUUGGCACCCCUUAGUUCCCACGUUGCCUUCACCACUUACUACGGAGGAUGGCACACGUGUGGUCCCUCUCAUGGCCAUUCAAGUUACUGUUCUACCAAACUCUGGAUUCAGCAUCUGCCUUGCCUUCAACCACCUUGCUGGGGAUGGAAAAUCACUUCAUCUUUUCAUGAAGUAUUGGGCUUCCGUUUGCAAGGCAAGAGGGGAUUUGGCUUCCAUUGAAGGUUCUUUGUCUCUUCCUUCCCAUGAGAGAGACAUAGUUAAAGACCCAAAGGGACUUGAGCUAAUUUACUUAAGAGAACUACAACAUUCUUUGUCGGAAAUCAUGGAGUUUGCAGGCCUCGUGCGAGAUGUUUACACUAACAAGGUACGCACCACUCUUGUAUUGAGUCGUGAACAUGUUGAGAAACUAAAGAAAUGGGUUUCUCUUAAAUUGACAAGUUACGCUUCAGGGACAUUGCAUAUAUCAACCUUUGUUGUAACAUGCUCCUUGAUUUGGGUUUCUAUGAUCAAAUCAGAGCAGAGCAAAGGGAAUUGUGUUGCAAAAGACUGUGAUGAACUCUGCUACUUGGUUUUUCUAGCAGAUUGUCGUGAUUUCCCUGAAUUUUCAUUACCUUCAACGUACUUUGGGAAUUGUCUAGCCUCUUGCAUUGUGGCAAUGAAGAGGAGUGAGCUCGUGGGAGAACAUGGGGUCGUUGAGGUAGCAAAUGCUAUUGAAAGGAAAGUUAGAGAUUUGAAGAGUGAUGCUUUGAGAAAUGCUGAAAAUUUGAUGUCAGAUUAUAGAGAAUUGUGGAAACCAGGUAAAUCAAAACUAGUAAUUGCAGGAUCACCAAAAUUGGCAGUGUACGAGACUGAUUUUGGGUGGGGAAAGCCUAAAAAGUCUGAAGUAGUACAUAUUGAUUCAGCACGAAGAGUUUCUCUUUCUGAUUGUAGAGACAAAGAAGGUGGAAUUGAGGUUGGAGUGGCACUUUACAGGAUUCGAAUAAAUAAUUUCUUCAAAAUAUUGCAAGAACAACUUGAUAAUGUUGUAGUUAGUGGAUGAAUCAUCCAAGCACCCACCAUCUCCACUUUCGAAGUUCUUUAUAAAGUUAUAUGUACUUGUAGUUCUUGAUAAGCAGACUGAUUGCUUGAUGUGUGUUCAGAGCCCUUAAUGUAAAACUAAUUGUGUCUCAGGUAUAACAUUAAGUGUUAGUUGAUUUAAUUAAUAAAAGGGCAUAAUGGUAAUUGACAGUACAGGAAAGUUAUUAAAAGAGGAACUGCUGAUAGGUGCAGUUACAUAAGUGUUAUAUGGUCAGUUUUCUGUGUAAGUGUCUCUGACAGGAAAGAACGCUCUAUCUGGGAUCUGCCUAUGAUAGUUGUAUCCUAUCCCUAUCAAAGAAGAUAC